CAUAAAGUCCGGAUUCGAGUGAUGAGAUACUUACCGUAGUUUCGGUAUCCAAGCCUACUAUCCUCGAUGUUGUUACAAUGCCAAUAUCAACUACCCCUUCGAGGCUGAAGUUUCGGCCAAGGAAAUAAGCAGCGUAGUUUUAUUCAGUGGUUGCAUCCUACUGAAUAUAUAUUGGGGCGAUGCUCGUCGUCCCUCAGAUGUAGCCCAGGCGGGAACCAGUCUUUCGGAAAUUUUUCGCUCUUCUUUUCUUUUCGCUUCUUUACGAUUUAUAUCCUUGUUGCGCUCCGGGAGCCUUUUCGCAUUUUUAUAUUACUUUCUCUCGUUAGGUACCUAUUUCGGUCUUUCACUCUUACUCAAGAUAUUCGAUUCUUAGUUGUUUAGUCAAUAUGUCAUCCGCCAUUUCGCGAUUUCUCUUCCUAGCCGCGUCUGUGACGCCGGUAUUUGGGUUUUGCGGUUCGCACACGCAUCUCGACCGAAGAGCAGAAGGAGAGGAGGUACCGAUCUCGACAUUUGGGUAUACCGGCUUGAUAGGACCUCUUCUCUGGACUCAGCUGGACACUGCCGCCAAUGGACUAUGCUCAACGGGCAGCAAUCAGUCCCCAAUCGAUAUGGCCGAUGGACAAUUCACCCUCAUUCCGGCAUCCGACGUUGAGUUAACCGUUCCAGACGUUACAGAAGGUACAACCUUUGAAAACCUCGGGUCGACAGUGGAGGUUGUGAUGAAAGAUGUCGGAGGGACGUUCGUCCUCGAAGGAAAGAACUACACAUUAGAGCAAUUCCAUUUCCAUCACCCCAGCGAGCAUCUCAACGAUGGCGUCAGCAUGCCGAUGGAAAUGCACAUGGUAUUCACCACGGAGGCGGAGGAAAUUGCCGUGAUCGGUAUCUACGUCGACCUUGUAGAUUCCCCGACAGUUCUUCAGCUUCAUCUUCACCCCCGAAGAGCCCCAUCGACUCUACUCGAAACCAUCUUCUCUUCCAUCGGAGAAAUUGCCACCCCCGGUACCUCAACGAAGACCAAGCCUCUGGCUAUGUCGGAAUUGGUCACGCAGCUAAAGGCGGGUAGCUUCCAGCGGUAUUCCGGCUCCCUCACGACCCCGCCCUGUUCCGAGGGUGUCGCCUGGUCUGUAGCGACUGAAAAGCUCCGGUUGUCCAAAACGACUUUCCAGGCAGUGCGUGAUGUUGUUGGAUUCAACUCCCGAUACCCGCAGAACAACCUCGGUGAACAGAACCUGCUUGCGAUGGCAUCAGCCGCCGUAGCUCCCUCUGCCCCCGCGAAUUCCACCGCGAAUUCCACCGUAGCCCGAAGGCGAUGGGUCAUGUAAACGGAGGUGUCUUGAGGUGAUAGGUUCCAUCUUAUAUGGGAUUUUGGAUUACACUGUAAACAUACUUGGCGAUACUCUUGAUUUUAAGAGGAUUCACUUAAAAUCUGUAUGAAAAUACAUAAUAUAUAGGCUGGUAUAAAAUAUUAUAUGUAAUUAUAAAAGAGGACUGCAAAGACAAGUAAUUUAAAGUUAAAAAUGAAAAAGUUGAGGGCGCUUGGUGUUAUAUUAAGCUCAAACCAAGCACUUGACACUCUGUCUUGGAUAUUCUUGGAUAUUCUUGGGUAUUCUUGGCAGGUCCUCAAGUUCUAAGGUUGCCAAGGUCAACUGCUUCCGUGAUGUUUUAACUAGUGCAAAGUUUAAGAUGCAUAGGCGUGUUUUGCAGGUAUGUGGGUUU